AUCGAGGAACUUACGACGAAAGGUAACAUAAAGGAAAAACAUGAAGGGAUUGUGCCUUUUUGUGCUGCUCUGUGUGGCUCCAUAUUCAACAAAAGGUUUAGAGGCUACAUUAGCUGAAUUACCUUCUAAUGGGUUGGUCAUGAAUCCUGAAAGCGGCAUCCCACCAGCAGUGAACCUUGUGUGCAGUUACACAGUGGAUCCCGGAGAGACCAUGCAGGUCGUGUAUUUCUACAAAGAUGGAACGACUGAUUUAGACCAAAUAGUGGCAAUAGUAAUAGCUGACGGAAGUUCCCGGCAGACGAACGCCUUUGCCACUAGAAAUGACGUGACGGUUACAGCCUCUGAUCCAUCAUUCACGGUGACAAUUGGCACAGUCACGUUGGCAGAUGAGGGAAGCUAUUACUGCAAAGUAACCACCAUACUUAGUAAUCCCAUGGCAAUAACCCCGGCGCAGACCCUCAAAUUAGUAUAUCGACCUAAUCCACCCCGGAUUACACGAGGACCCCAAGUUGCCACAGAUACCUACCGGGUGACUUGUUCUUCUGAUGGCGGCAGACCAGCACCUGAGAUAAGAUGGUUUAAAGUAAAGAGUUCUGACCAGAUGCAGGUCACGUUAAAUGAAACCUCUGGAAAUGAGCAAAACCAGGGAGACACCUUUCUGGUCGAAAGUGCAGUUGACGUGAUGGCAACCCAAGCAGAUCCAGUGGAAUUAAUUUGCCAGCUAUUGCAUGACUCACUUAUAAGUCAGACCACGACAAAAAUCACGGUGCCUGAAAGUGCUGGUCCUUCAACGGCCACCACAGAAAACAUUACUAAUUCGACAGGGUUGGAAGUGACACUGGCUGUUUUACCUUCUAACGGCUUGGUCAUGAAUCCUGAAAGCGGCAUCCCACCAACAGUGGACCUUGUGUGCAGUUACACAUUGGAUCCCGGAGAGACCAUGCAGGUCGUGUAUUUCUACAAAGAUGGAACGACUGAUUCAAGCCAAAUAGUGGGAAUAGUGAUAUCUGACGGAAGUUACCAGCUGCAGAACGCCUUUGCCUCUAGAACUGACGUGACGGUGACAGUCUCUGAUCCAUCAUUCUCGCUGACAAUUGGGACAGUCACAUUGGCAGAUGAGGGGAGCUAUCAUUGCAAAGUUUCCACCUUUUUCAAUAAUCCCAUGUCAAUAUCAUUGGCUCAGACCCUGAAAUUAGUAUAUCGACCGUACCCACCCCAGAUUAGACACGGACCCCAAGUUGCCACAGAUACCUACCGGGUAACUUGUUCCUCUGAUGGCGGCAGACCAGCACCUGAGAUAAGAUGGUUUAAAAUGCAGAGUUCUGACCAGAUGCAGGUUGUGUUAAAUGAAACCUCUAGAAAUGAGCAAAGCCAAGGAGACACUUUUCUGGUCGAAAGUGCAGUUGAAGUGAUGGCAACCCAAGCAGAUCCAGUAAAAUUAAUUUGCCAACUACUGCAUGACUCACUUAUAAGUCAGAUCACAACGAAAAUCAUGGUUCCUGAAAGUGCUGCCCCCUCAAUGACCACCACAGAAAGCCCUUCGAAUUCGACAGGGUUAGAAGUAACACUGGCUGAUUUACCUUCUAAUGGCUUGGUCAUGAAUCCUGAAAGCGGAAUCCCACCAGCAGUGGAACUUGUGUGCAGUUACACAGUGGAUCCUGGAGAGACGAUGCAGGUCGUGUAUUUUUACAAAGAUGGAAUGACCGAUUCAAGCCAAAUAGUGGGGAUAGUGAUUUCUGAUGGGAGUUACCAGCUGCAGAACGCUUUUGCCUCUAGAACUGACGUGACGCUAUCAUUGCAAAGUUUCCACCUUUUUCAAUAA